UGCCGGCUGCGUUGUGACCGAUGCCCGUGGUGAUUACCUGAUGGCACCGCACGCGUUACACCUGCUGCUGCUGCUCGGUGGCUGUGCAGCGCUGGCAUCGGCACGUGCCGACCUCAGCUCUCGCCUACUUCCUCAGCCCGCAAUGCACCAAGACCACCAGGAUGCCCCAGUGCAGCGCACAAAAGCGCAUCACCACCUCAUCGAGAAGUGGGGCCUUCCCCUGGUGGUGGCUGCUAAACACGUGGUUCCGUGGUGGAUAGCGGGCACAGCGGCCGUCCUUGGCGUGCUGCUGGCACACUCGCCGCUGUCGCCGCUGCCUGUGCCACCGUUGCCGCACGCUCCCGUAGGGCGAUUCCCACCCAGGCAGACCGUCAUCAAGGUUCCCACCCCGGUGCACAUAGUGACUGUCCACCGCGCACGGCGGCGACGAAGGGCAGCAUCCCUUCUGUCUCAGGAGAAACCCGCCACGCCAGUCGACAGCAUGCUAGUGCAGGGCGCCAGCAGCGUGAACAAGCUGCUGCAGUGGCUCCGACGGGGCGGUUACCCACCCAACACAUGGCCCAUGCCGGCCCCUUCCAAACUCCCACUGAGACCCGCCGCCCAGAUGGUCCUCGACACCGUCGUGCGCUUGCAGCCCGCGCAGGUGCUCCGGGCAGCCCUGGCUGUAUCGGCCGCAUAUCGCGUGCUCCGACUCGUUGGCUCCGUGGUUGCGGGGGCGAUGGACACCUAGCAACGCCACAGCGAGCCCUGCUCCGGUCAGUGGUAGCAUGACACCAUGAGACAAGAACCAAGGAGGAAAUAACUUUAAUGUGUCCUGAGGAACCCCUCCCCACCCACUCUUGGUUCAGUGGGCGGCAGGGGUCGCGGGCCGCACCCACGUUGGG